ACACAGUCACAAAUCCAUUAGUUAGAAAAAUAUAAAAUAAAAUAAAUAAAACCCAGAAACCCAUGGAGACCGCCGCCGGGUUCUCAAACGCCGCCGCCGCCACCCUCGCCGGCCUUAGAAAUGGUGGUCAACUCUCCCGGUCUUCUCGCCACAAAACUUCCUUUUCUUUUUUUCCUCCUAAUAACAAGUUGCGAUUAACUCCGGUGAAUACCCCCCUUACUUUUGGUUGUCGCACGAGCAAUGCACGAGCUGUUAAUUUGGAUUCUGCCAUCAGUGUGCCAAAUGAGACAGUUGAGCUUGAUUGGGAUAACCUUGGAUUCGGGCUAGUCAAUACAGAUCAUAUGUAUAUGAUGAAAUGUUCACUAGGAGAUACUUUUUCCAAAGGGGAAUUAGUGCCUUUUGGGAACAUCGAGAUCAAUCCGUCUGCCGGUGUCUUAAAUUACGGCCAAGGAUUGUUUGAAGGUCUAAAAGCAUAUCGCACAAAAGAUGGCAAUAUUUUACUGUUCCGGCCUGAGGAAAAUGCUAAAAGGAUGAUAGCAGGAGCAGAGCGUAUGUGUAUGCCUUCUCCUUCUGUUGACCAGUUUUUGCAAGCUGUUAAAUCCACUGUAUUGGCAAAUGAAAAAUGGAUACCUCCUCCCGGCAAAGGCUCACUGUACAUAAGGCCACUGCUUAUGGGAAGUGGAAGCGUACUUGGUCUUGCACCAGCCCCAGAAUAUACUUUUCUUAUAUAUGUUUCUCCCGUGGGUAACUAUUUCAAGGAAGGUUUGUCACCAAUAAACCUUAUAGUUGAGACUGAAAUGCAUCGAGCAACCCCUGGAGGCACCGGAGGUGUAAAAACCAUCGGAAACUAUGCUGCGGUUCUGAAGGCGCAAGGUGCUGCAAAAGCCAAAGGAUAUUCUGAUGUCUUGUAUCUUGACAGUGCACAUAAGAAGUACUUGGAAGAGGUCUCCUCUUGUAAUAUUUUUGUUGUAAAGGGCAAUACAAUAUCCACUCCAGACAUAAAAGGUACUAUCCUACCAGGGAUCACACGGAAGAGUAUUAUAGAUGUGGCACGUGAUCAAGGAUUCGAGGUUUAUGAAAAACCGGUAACAGUGGAUGAGUUGCUUGAUGCCGAUGAAGUGUUUUGUACUGGAACUGCUGUGGUUGUAUCUCCCGUGGGUAGCAUAACUUAUCAAGGAAAAAGAGUGAAUUAUGGAAGCUCUGGUGUAGGACUUGUGUCACAACAACUUUAUUCUGGGUUAACAAGGCUACAAAUGGGUCUCACUGAAGACAAGAUGGGUUGGAUUGUUGCACUCAAGUAGUUUCUUGUGUUCUCUCUUUUCACUUUGUCGUUCUCUUGCUUCUUUCAUCAUUUGUAAUAUGAUUUCGCUUAGAAGUAUUAAGGGUUACUAUGUUUAAUCCUUAAUUUAGACUUUUUUCCCCUGAGUUGUGGAUCUAUAGUUGUUGAUCACUUCUGCGUUGGUAAAGUAAUGAUAUCUUUUUAAA